AUGUCUCUCGUCAAUCUAGCCCACGUCUGUUCACACCUGAACAAUGCCACCAAGGCUCGUCUCGGCUUCACGUCGAUCCCGAAUUCCAACCUGCACCUGAAGCUGUGCCUUGCCCUGCAGAACGACGGUUUCAUCUCGUCUGUUGUCCGCGGAGGUCUUGAGCCUCCCCCCAUGCACAAUUUGCUCGGGAUCCCGACCGCAUACGACGAAGUACAGGAAAUGGAACCACUGACACAGAGCAACGUCGCCACAAGGCGACUCUGGCUCGGGUUGAAGUAUUGGCGAAGCCAACCGGUUCUCUCGAAGAUCUCGAUGGUCAGCAAGCCUACAAGACGGCUCACAAUUGACGUUUCUGGCCUGCGCGAGGUCGUUCGCGGACAGAAAAGUGGUUACAUAGAAGGACUCCGAUCCCCCGGAGAGUCUCUUUACCUUUCAACGGACAAGGGCAUCAAGGAAGCGCGGGAGUGUGUGGAGAAGAAGCUCGGUGGGCUUGUCCUGUGUCGGGUUCUUUAAUGAUCUGUUGGAAGGGAUAGACUCGCUAAGAUAUUGUUUCCGCGGGUGUUGUACGAUGGGUUUGCAUUAUAUCCGGAGUUUGGUCAGUCGCGUUUCUCAUGUCUUCCUGUGCGACUCUUGGGAUAAACAGCUACUGUGUAUAUUAACCUAUGUAACUUCAUGUACUUU